CGCCUCAGUUGCGUCGCAGACUUAAAACGCGUCGGUCGCGAACGAAUCGAAACUUGGACGAAAACGUGCACGGCUUAACGCCACAGCAGUGCGAUCAUCGAUCGAGCUUGAUCGACUGGUGAAAUAGAUUAAAAAAAAACUAGAUAAACGUUGUGGACGACUGUUUGGUAGCAGAGAUUUAGAAGUGUGUUACAUCCGUGUUUGGUGUGCAUUAGUGAUUUAGUGUACCGGAGAACCGACGAAGAAAGCAUUCACAAUGAGACUGUCGAGUGCAAAGUCACGUAUGGCAGGAGCGUUAGUCCUGCUAGGACUAUUCGCCGUCAGCGCGGCACAACCAACCUCCAGUGAUCAAUGCUUCCCGGAGGACGACGCCAAACGAAGCACCAAAGACGAAGCAGCCCAAUCCCAGAACCGCCUGUACAAGGGCGAGUCGAUCUUCACGCUGCAGCUGUUGGACGCAAUCAACACGGCCACACCGAACGAGAACAUCUUCUUCUCGCCGUACAGCCUCUACAAUGUUCUGCUGAUGAUGUACUUCGGGGCCCGGGAGGGCACGGAGAAGCUGAUCCGCAAGGGCCUUAACCUCCAGUGGACCGACAGCAAGGCGACCGUGUUCGAGGCGUACGAUACGGCGCGGAAAUCACUGCAGGGCCGCUUCAGCGAGGGUGCCGCCGUUGGCUUCAGCUCCGUCGACAAGCUGUUCUUUGGCCGACAGAUCCCGAUCGCGAGCUGCAUGCAGGAGAAGUUUGCCGACACGAUCGAGCUGCUCGACUACGAGACGAAGCCGGAAGAGCAGCGGGUGUACAUCAACCAGUGGGUGGAGAAGACAACCCGUGGCCAGAUUAAGGAUCUGCUGAUUCCGGGUGCGAUCACGCGCAACACCAAGUUGGCGGUGGCCAAUGCGGCCUACUUCAAGGGCUCAUGGCAGACAAAAUUCAAGCCGAACGAAACGAACAUGGAAAUCUUCUACGUCUCCGCUGACGAACGGAAGUUUGUGGAAAUGAUGCACGUCGAAGGAACAUUCAGUCACGCUGCCAACGAAAAGCUCGGCUGCCACAUCCUAGAACUUCCGUACAGCACCGGCCCGGACGACGACAGCAACAAUCAGGUGUCGAUGUUCGUCUUCCUUCCCCCGCAGGAACCGAACGCACUGGAAAAACUGCUGGCCCGGCUCGCCGCCGAUACCGACAUCCUGCAGGAGGUGGUCAACGAUGGCAUCUCGCGCAAGGUCGACGUGAAGCUGCCAAAGUUCAGCAUCGAAAAGCAGGUGGAGAUGCGGCCCGUCCUCGAGCGGCUUGGUAUGGGCGAGCUGUUCGAUUCCAGCGCCAACUACGGAACGUUCACCGAUGGCCGCGAACCGAUCGGGUUCGACGAGAUGAUACAGAAGUCCAAGAUCGAGGUGAACGAGGAGGGUUCGGUUGCGGCCUCGGCGACGAUCGCGUUCAGCUUCCGAUCGUCCCGCCCGGCCGAUCCGGCCAUGUUCCACUGCACCCAUCCGUUCGUGUUCAUUAUCUACGAUUAUGCGAGCCGGGCCGUCCUGUUCAACGGUGUCUACCGUCGGCCGGAGUAACGAGCAGGCUGGAGGCUGGCGAACACAACAUACAAAGUGACCCACCACCGGACGUCCCGUUGAAGGGAGAUGAUGUGUUUUUUAGGAUUAUAUUUAUUGAAACAGACAGACGGCACACACGGCUGCUGAACCGCUCGAACGCAACCGGACGUAAAGCUAGAACGCAAAUACCAUCGGAAAUACAGUGAAAACGUAGCGUAGUUAGGGGUUGAGACGGCUCGAGGGCUGCAUGACGUUACGAAGACGAUAGAUUCGUCCAUUUGGUUUUCGUCACUCGGACAAGAAGAUUGAUAAUCAAAAAUAUAAAAGAGUGACAUUUUAGCAUAACAUUACGACGAAAUAUGAGAGUUUUUUUUAUAAGAAAUAUACAAUCUAUGAAACCGAA